AUGGAAUCCAAAAAAGCAUAACCUCAUAGAUUUUUGAACUAAUACGAUCAACUUUUAACACUCAUAAAAUCCUAGAAAGUUAAAGCCGUGGAAUUUGAAGUUAAGAAAGCUUUCAAUAGCGACAAUUUUCUUAGAAAGUAACACCUUUGCAAAGAUUUCUUAGAUAUAAUGACAAAAAUGGUCAAAAUUGUUGGCAUGAAAGAUAUCCAGAAUCUCAUAAAGAUGAACUCAGAUAUCUUUGAGCAACCUAUUGAAGAAUAAUUGGUUGAUGAAAUAAAUGAUCCGGAAGGCCAAUCAAUUUUUAACAUCUUGCUUGAUGAACAAUAAUUUUAAUUCGAAGUAGAUCCUAAUGUUGAUUUGAGUACAUUCGUUUUAACCUUAAAUUCUUCUAACCCAAUAGUAAAUGAAACUCUUACUAAAUUAGAAGAAUUCAAUUACAGUCAUUGCAAAUUAGAACAUAAUCCAAAUAGGAUCUUUUUGUCUAUAUUUGAAGGAGAUGAUGAUUGUAAAUUUUAGGGAGAAUAUGAUAUCGUUACUAAAUAAAUAGAAGGAAGAUGCAGAUAAAUAUUUGAUGAUGGUAGUAUUUUUGAUGGUUUAUGGAAAAAUAAUAAGUCAAACGGAAUUGGAUAAAUAGUUUUUGCAGAUGGGGGCUAUUAUAUUGGAGAGUGUAUAGAUGAUGAGAGUCAUGGAUAUGGAAAAUAUUACAACAGUGAGGAUAAAUCAUUAUAUGAGGGAUAAUUUGUGCUUCAUUAUUUGUAAGGAAUAGGUAAAAUGAAUUAUAGUGAUGAUUCAAUGUAUUAUGGGCUUUGGGAAAAUGGUGAAAGAUCUAAUUAUGGAGUAUAUGUAAAUCCUGAUGGUGACAUUGAGCUUGGAUAAUGGAAUUAGAAUUAAAGAAAUGGGUUUUAGAUGCAAAUAACUAAGGAGGGAUAGAUUAAAAUUAGAAAAUAUGAGAAUGAUGAAAUUAAAGAGACGUUGUUUGAAAAUGAAAAGAAAGAUGAUUUACUAGAAAAGAUUAAUGAUAAUGAGAUCGAAUAAAUUUAAUUUCGAACUUUAAUCUGA